AAAUUUCCGUCAACCUCAUUGCAGCUUUGACCAAUAACACCGGUCCGGUCUGAACAAGACAACUGGCUCCAGCUCUGAAGGUACCAGUCUGACGCAUUGCGCACGUUCAUCGUACAGCCAUUCCGGCAUUGCAUUUAAUAACCAUUGGUUUUCUUUCCUUUUUGCGCGAGGAGGAAGGAGACAAGGCGCGGCAGCAACAAAACACUGCACCAUUAUUACCAUCAGUCGGCAAUUGCACUUGCCUCAUGCCACAGGCUACUUACAGCACCAAAAUAGUGCGCAUCCACCCCCCACUCCAAAUUACAGAAAUACCACCAUUCCAACGACGGACUCGACCGGCAAUCUAUCUCGAAUGGAAUAUAAAAUAUAUAGGAGCACUAAAUUCGCUAUGCGGUUCUUGGACCAGGCAAAAGACCCCCAGUCCACCACCCGUGUUCCUCCACCAAACAAGAUAGAAUUAAACUCCGAGUGAAACCCGCGUGUCCGUUUCCACCAGUCCCGUCUCUUUCGUGGUCCAGCCCAAACAAGUAAUGCUCUUACGGUCUCUCUCUCUCUCUCGUAGUGGUGGUGGGGUCCGUGGGGGUAGCGGCCGGGUAGCCGGCACGCACGCUCUCCUACCAAACCCUUCAUUGAUUUGUUGGCGUCCCUCCCAAGUCCCAAUACAGCUGACAACCACCUCCCUCUAACCGUCUCCUCACACGCCCUUCUAAAGCUUUCUCCCCCUUUUAUAAAUCCCAACUCCCCCUUCUCCAAUCCUUACCUCCUCCUCUACAAUCCCUCACUCUCUCUUGCUCUCUCCCUCAAGCUCGAUCUAGAAGUUCGGGAAAAGAAGGAAAAGGAAGUGGAAAACUCUUUCUAGGAUGGCGCCAGUUUCCUUCCACCAUAGCUCGAAGACCGUCUGCGUGAUGGAUGCGUCGGGCCGGCUCGGCGUGUCGCUAGUCCACAAGCUCCUACAAAGAGGAUACAUCGUCCAUGCAGCUACUUAUAAUCAUGGUGGCGAAUUGCAUGGCUUGAAGGGGUUGUUGUCGUGCGAUAACGAGCGGCUUAAGGUGUUCCGAACGGACCCCUUCGACUACCAAAGCCUCGUCGACGCCAUGAAAGGAUGCGCCGGCCUUUUCUACGCGUUUGAGCCUCCCCAAGAUCAAAACUAUGAUGAAUUCAUGGUGGAGGUGGAAGUGAGAUCUGCACAUAAUGUGUUGGAAGCAUGCGCUCGAACGGAGACCAUGGAAAGGGUGGUUUUCACAUCAUCAGUGGCUGCAGUUGUGUGGAAAGAAAAUCACAAAUUAGGCAUGGAUUUUGAUGAGAGGGAUUGGAGUGAGCCCAAUUUCUGUCGAAAAUUCAAGCUGUGGCACGCGCUGGCGAAGACGCAAGCGGAGAAGACGGCGUGGGCGCUGGCGAUGGACCGAGGCGUGGAGAUGGCGUCGGUGAACGCCGGGUUGGUGGUGGGGCCGGACACUUCGCUGGCCAGCCCUUACCUCAAGGGCGCACCGGAGAUGUACGAGGACGGCGUCCUCGUCACCGUCGACCUCAACUUCCUCGCCGACGCCCACCUCGCCGUCUUCGAGACCCCCUCCGCCUACGGUCGUUACCUCUGCUUCAACCGCGCCGUCUGCCGCCCCGAAGACGCCGUCAAGCUCGCCCAGAUGCUCUCCCACGCCUCCCCUUGCCCUCACCCAAGUGAUGAGUUGAGGGUGAUCCAGCAGCGGAUCCAGAACAAGAAGCUGAACAAGGUGAUGGUGGAAUUCGCCGCUGGGACACACCUGGAGGGUUAGCAAAAAAUGGGCAUUUUGAAGAUGAGCGAUAUUAGUUUAUUAUUAUUAUUGAUGAUUAAAGAAAAGAAGAUAUCGAAGAGAGAGAAGAGGGUACGAUGUUGUAAGAGAUUGGAUUUGAUUCCAUAAGCUGAGCGUCGUAAAGGGCCAACAAGAUUGCGGCCUGUAUUUACUGGCUUGUGAAAAAGCAGCAAAGCUUGCGACAACUGGUUUCUCUC